AAACUACCCAAGAAAUAAUCCCGUGCAUAACCAUUUGGGUUUUGCAUUUUUCACAUUUUUCUGUUGAAAAUUCAUCUCUACGCUUUCGAUUUCACUGAUUAGCCAAAAAGAAGAAGGAAAAUGUCUUCUCCAAUGGAGACGGAUACACAACUUCCCAACGGAAACGCUGCUGCCGCUACCGCCAUUACUCCUCCGUCGAAGUUGGGGAAAUUGGCGGACUGCCUGAAACUGGAACAUCAGUUCCUUCGCGUGCCUUUCGAGCACUACAAGAAGACGAUCCGCGCCAAUCACCGAGUAGUCGAGAAGGAAGUCUCCGCCGUCAUAUCCGGCGUCUCAGACGCCGCCGAUUCAGACCUCUCGCGAGACGACGCCGUCAACCAACUUAAUUCUCUGGUCUCCCGACUGCAGGGCCUCAAAAGAAAGUUGGAAGAGGGAAGUCGAACGGAGCACUUGCAAGCACAGAAAUGUCGAGCUAGGCUAGACCAUUUAGACUCCGCAGAAGUGGACAAUUUGUCAGAGUGGAACAGCAUCCGCUUGAAGCGGAUACUUGUUGACUAUAUGUUGCGAAUGUCGUAUUAUGACACUGCUUUAAAGCUUGCACAGAGCAGCAAUAUUCAGGAUCUUGUUGAUGUAGAUGUGUUUCAUGAGGCAAAAAAGGUUAUUGAUGCACUUCAAAAGAAGGAGGUUGGCCCAGCUCUGACUUGGUGUGCUGACAACAAAUCUAAACUGAAGAAGUCAAAGAGCAAAUUUGAGUUCCAGUUGAGACUGCAAGAAUUCAUUGAGUUGGUAAGAGCUGAAAAUAAUAUGCAAGCUAUAUCAUAUGCUCGGAAGUAUCUGGCACCUUGGGGAGCUACCCACAUGAAAGAAUUGCAGCGUGUCAUGGCAACACUAGCUUUCAGAAGUAAUACUGAAUGUGCGACGUACAAGGUUCUAUUUGAAGCAAAGCAAUGGGAUUAUCUGGUUGACCAAUUUAAGCAAGAGUUCUGCAGAUUGUAUGGCAUGACUCUGGAGCCUUUAUUGAAUAUAUAUCUGCAGGCGGGCUUAUCUGCAUUAAAAACCCCAUUCUGUUAUGAAGAUGACUGCACAAAGGAGGACCCUCUAUCGCAGGAGGGUUUCCGCAAAUUAGCACAGCCACUGCCAUAUUCGAAGCAGCAUCAUUCAAAACUUGUUUGUUACAUAAGUAAAGAACUAAUGGAUACUGAGAAUCCACCUCUUGUCUUGCCAAAUGGCUAUGUUUACAGCACUAAGGCUCUUGAAGACAUGGCAAAGCAAAAUCAUGGUAAAAUCACAUGUCCAAGGACAGGUUUGGUUUGUGACUAUACUGAUGUGGUGAAAGCAUUUAUCUCAUAAGUAAUGUGCAGAGUUGAUCACUUUUAUGCUGUGAAUCCCUUUUAUCACCACAGUUGUUUGGUGGACGACUGCUCUUGUCAAUAGUAUCCGUAUCCAAUCCUUCGCUAUUCCUCUGGCCUCGAGUAACCAUGAGGAUUUCUCUGCAUGUACAUAUACAAAAUAGUGGUUAUGGAUUUGUUAUUGCUUGUUGAACUAGCAAAAAACAUAAAUCAAACAUCUCUUUAUUUACGUUUGCCAAAACUUGAAUUUCCUUUAGGGAAUAAAUUAUGAGUGAGUGCAAUGUCAGCAUCUGUUUUUGUUUUUGCCAUGUCCUAAAUUGCAUCCACAUUCAGCUUUCAUUGGACACUUCCAUUCCUGUAACCUAUCUCCAGAGUCUCUGUUGAAGAAUAUAGUCAUUUUUCUGGUGAAUGGCUUCUUGAUUA